GACGACAACCUUGCUGGAUUUAGAAACACGGGACCUUGGAGAUUCAAGCAUUGGGUUGAGGGGGCACGGGGGUGGUGGCAUUUUAUUUAAGGAUGGCUGAAACUGGGUCUGGACCGCCUUUUUCCUUUGUGAGAGCAGACAUCCAUUGUUCAAUCAAGACUACCCUACUUGAACCGUCUCAACCUUCUUUCGACAUCUUCAAAUUUCAACUGUUCAUCUAUCCAACAGUCACUUAACUGCUAUCUAGUCAUCUGUGAGUAAGAGAGCUCUGGCCGUGACGUCACAUACUCCCAUCUACCCAUCUUUCUCAACUCUUCCAGUACAAGACCACAUUCACAAUGGCUUGCGGCUCAGCUUCCUCCGGUCUCGUUAACCGCAACGGCCCUGGCAGCGCGGCCACCUCCAUCAUCGACAGCAUCGUCAAGCCCGCCGAGGCCACGGGCGGCAAGACCAAGUGCAUCGAGUGCGACGGAUACGAGUGCUGCUGCAUCCCCAUUCCCUGCACCGUCAUGUAAGAGAAUCCAGCUGCGGCAGGACGGAAGUGCAAUUUGGCUUAGGUUGGGUUUGAGGCUUUUCUUGAGGGCGCAAUGUAGCGACGCUAUGGAGGAUUGAUACCGUUUGCUGCUUUUGAUAUCUUUGAAACUGGUACCAUGCCAGUCGAGCAUGAAUUCAUGAUUUGCCCUGUGGCUAUUCUAUCGUCUACGUCGUUGACUCCAAGGCUGUUUUCCCCAUUGCAAACUCGUGAAGAGCACCCACGUC